ACAAGCUGAUUGUAUAACAUUUUCAUUCAAAUUGGUAACCUUUUCCUGGAGCAACAUGGAACAGAACAGGUCUACUCAGAAUGCUAACUUCUGCCGUUUGGUUAUGUAUAUAAGCAGUUUAGGAUGUGAAGUACUAGAAGAAGUGAUUCUGAAUGUCGUAUUUAACGAUCUGCUUGCCGACGAGAAAAGACGUCUUGAACUGGCUGUUUCUCAAGGCAGUGUCGCAUUACCAUUUGAAAGGCUUUAUCCAACAAGCGGACCUUUACCCAGAUUUGAUGAAUUCGACAAUUUGAUCAUUGAAGAGAUAUUUCACCUUAAUCAUGCACAAGUUGAACUAAAAGAAUAUCUUAGAACGAGUGGUUUACAGAUGGUUCUGACAAAACACCGAGACAAGAUGUUUAAAAAUCACAAAAGAAUUGGGGAAAAAAUGUGGAAAAAAAUUAAUACAAAUUCGGGUGUUGUUGAUAUAAAAGAAUUGGAUGUGUCUGUCUUGGGUUUCAUUUUUCGGAACAUCUCAAAACACUCACAAAGGGACUGGAACAAUAUGCCAAUGAAGGAGGAAGUCGCCAUUAAAGAUGAUGUUUGUCGUAUAAUUUGGUAUCGAAACAAGUUAGCACACUACCGGGCAACAGAACCAAUUAGUGAGAGUGAUUUUCAAAGUAUGUGGUUAGACUUGACAUUGGCAUUUGAACGUCUAUGUCAUGAUCGACAAAAGGUAGAAAGAAUUUCCAACGAGAUGAAACGCAAUCACAUUGAUGAAAAUCAGCAGGAACAAUAUGAAAAAUUAGUCGAUGAAUGGAUAGCAGAGGAAGCAGAAAAUGUAGAAAAAAUUAAAAGAUACAUUUCCAACUCCCAGGAUGAUACAGUUUGUAAGCUUUCAGAAGUUGUGAAAAAAGGUGUUGAGCAGAAUAAAGAACAAUUGAAAUAUACAGAAAAAGCAGUGGCUAAACUUACUAAAGGUUUUAUUGAUGAAAUGCUAGUGCAGCUGGAGGAACAAAGAUCUAAGAUACUCGAAGAUUCCAAUGAUUCGUUAAAGGAACAAUUGGAAAGCGCUGUUCAUAGAACAAAAGCUGAGCUUGGAGAUGUUAUUGUUGAUAGUAUGAAGCAUGUAGGUUUUGAUAUAGAGAGAAAACUAUCUGACAUUGUUACGAACGAAAUGGAUAAGAUGUCUACAACGCUUGCAGACCCCCUCAAGGAACAAGUUGGCACAAUCAUGACAGAUUGUCUCAAUAAGGCUGUUGAAAAUAUAGAACAGAAAGUUGUUGGUAUAGUCAAUGAGAGAACUGUUAGUAUCAUAGAAACGCUACUGAAUGAACGCCUAGAUGACCUUUCAAAUUACAUAGUGUCAACGGUGAAGACAGAACUGAUCAAAUCAAGCCAGUCGGAUAUUCUUGCAGAAAUCAUCAGAAACACAACAGAUACAGUUGUUGACAAAUUGGCAGAAGAACACAGGCAACAUAUUGACACCCUUUUCCAGCAAAGUGUGCCGAGAUCCCCUGAUGGGAAUUUUGAACCGAAAUGUAAACCUACAGAUCCGAUGAAGUUUGAGGUGCAAACAUGGUUUGCAGACGCGCAGGAUUUCAUAGCCACAUCUGCAUACAGAGGUGUAGUGGAUCGCCUUGAAUUCAAUAAGCAUUUGACAGUCGUUGGACCUCCUAUGUCUGGCAAAACCAUGAUUGCAAGAUGUGCUGCGCGGCAUUUCAGAAGCAAAGGUUACACUGUUUUCCCUAUAUCUAAUCCCACUGAAAUUAAACAAUUUCUGUCCAAUGAAGGGAAGCAACUUUUUGUUAUAGAUGAUCCAUUUGGAAAGAAUUCGGUAAAUCUCGAAAAGCUGAGGGAAUGGCGCGAGAUAGACGAAAGAAUGAGGGCGUUCAUCAAAAAGGAUGAUGUGAAAAUCUUAUGGGUAAUGAAUAUAGAACAGACAAAGGAACAUGUCUUCCAAACAGCUAGGUUGGUUUUUGCUGAACCAAAGAUUGACAUCACAUCACAAGAAUUAACAUGUGAGGAACGGAAAGGAAUUCUGAUGAAACACUUUGAAAACACGUUCCUUGAAGAUGAAGACGCAUAUGGCAAUGUUCUGGAUGUAGCUGCCAGCUGUGAUUUCUUUUUCUUCCCAAGGAUAUGCAAACAAUUCAAACAGAUUUCAAAAUGGCAGCAAAACCUAGCAAACCCUUUCCAUUUUCCAUUUGAAACUUUGGUGGAUUAUUUUGAGCACAUUCAAUACAGCAGUAAGUAUCAAUUCUGUGCUCUGGGGCUAUGUGCAUUGUCCGGAAACUUGCCAUCUAAUCACGGAUCCUUGCGCGAUGUUAUCUCGUCUGGAAUUGGUACUAUGUACUUGGAUGUAGAUUUUUCAGAUGCAAAUGCAAUCAAGGCAACGUUGAACUCUAUGACAGGCACAUGGGUCAGACGUUCAAAGGAGCACUGGGGAUUUUCACACGAGAUCUACAGAGAUGUAAUUUUGUUCUUGAUGGGGAAAAGAGAACUUGUUGAUCCAUCUAUACUGCUCAGGAAUAUGUCGUGUCGAUGUGUACAAGAACGAAUUAAAUACGAUCAAGAAAAACCAGUUGAGGUACCGGAUGAGUAUGUUUUCGUCUUGGGAAGAGAACAUUGGAAAGAGUUAUCUUUGCGCCUUUGCUGCGACCUGAUAAACCUGGGAUACGAAGAUAGUCAAAUUCCUCGAAAUGAUUACUAUGAAGCUGAUGUUUUGCAGCUGCUUACAAAGACCUUGGCAAGUGGCAAGCUAGAGGAGAACAAUUUUCUGGCUGUCAUUGCACUGUCAAUCCGAACAGAAAAUGCAGAUUUGUUGAAUACCUGUCUAAGGAACAAACCGGAACUCAUCAACCGUCAUUUCAGCGAAAUAUCGUACCAUAUUGACACAGAUAUUAUCGGUUUCAGCCCACUCCAUUUUGCUGUCUGGAGAAGAAGUCACUGGGGUGUUGAUAAGCUUUUGAAGUGUAGUGAAAUUGAUGUUGAUUUACUCUCAAGGGAAGGUGCAAUAAGAAAUAAAGAUCAGGAACUGCACUCAGACCUCAUAGAAACUGGUGCUAGCCACAACAUUCAGUCCAAUGAAGGGCUAUGUCCAGUGCAUUUUGCAAUCAAGUUGAAUGAUAUUGAUAUAGUAGAAAAACUUGUACGUGCUGGAGCUGACAUGAAGAAAUUCACAUCGGAGGGGCUUUCACCACUACACCUAGCUAUAGAACUGAACAAAACCAAAAUGGUAGAAAAACUUAUUGAAGUUGAUGUAGAUACCAAUUUCCGCGAUGAAAACGGUCAACCUCCCCUCAAUUUUGCACUGGAACAAAAUGAACCUAAUGUGGACAUCGUAGCGAUGCUGGCCAAUCAUUCAAAAACAGAGGUCAACCCUUCCGAUGGAUGUGAUCACCCAUUAAACAUAGCAGUUUGUAAGGGUGAUUUUAUUUCAGUUCAUACUUUGCUGUCAUGUGAGAGAAUGAAUGUGAACAUUUCCGACGGGACAGGUUCUACAGCACUCCAUAUUGCAGCAAGAAAUAAUGCUAUUCCAAUUGCAACACUCUUAUUGGAAAAAGCUGAUCCAUCGUUAAAAAACAUAAAUGAUGAAACGCCUUUGAAUAUUGCAGAAAGGAAAGGUCACAGCCAAAUCGCCGAAUUUAUUCGUCAUUUCAUCAGCAUUCCGAAGUUUUAGUGCACAUACAUCAUGAAGAUAUCAGUUAUCUCGAGUGUAAAUUGUGAGUAUAUCUUUGAGUGCAUACAAGCUGUUUGAUAACAUUUACAGGGACUGAUUUUAAGAGUAUAUAAUCAUGUUAUACAUUUAACGUCCAAAAUCCAUAAUAACAAUUCGGAGUUUUCACAAUGACAAUGCCAUCUCAAAGCGGUUCUCAAAUUAUUGUCCAUUAUGCCUUAUUCAACAAGUCAAUGUCUUUCUCAACUUCCUGUGGAGCAUACAGUCAGAGCUGACAUCUCGGCACUUACAGCUUACAUAUGACAUUUCUUACACUGUCCUACCAUGUACUCAUUUACAGCUGAGUUGACUUGAACAAAUGAGUAAAGUUUCUUUUUCAAGGUAACUACACAGUGCCCUUGACGGGACUCAGACUGGUGACCCGGGACUUCGUUCACGUAGUCUGCGUCCGACAACUAGACUUUCGUGAUAUCAUCACACAUUAGAUCUCGGGCUGUAUAAACCGUCGGUCGUCCACCUGUCUUUACAUAAUUCUUGUUAUCGCUAUUUCUCAGCGAGUACUUAUGGGAUCUUUUUUUUCAAUUUAUGUAUACAUACAUUUAAUCCUUCGUCCCUAUAGCGAUGGAUGUUUACUUUUGAGACUGAAAUACACACAAAAUAAUGGACUCGCAUCCAGAUUUUGACGAUGUUUGUUAUAUUCCAUAGAAAAUUUAUGGAAGUUUCUAGAUGUACAUGUACACGAUUUGAUACUAAUCAAAGUUUUUGAUUUUUAUAAUCAAUUUUUUUUUUAAAUCUUAUAACCAGAUUUUGGUAACACUAUAUGUCUCGGAAAGAACUGCAUUGAUCUUUGUAUAAAUUUGUAGGUUUUCUCUAAACCUUUAGAUAUGCAUAGUCAAUUGUGAGACGGACGGAAUCAACAAAGUGGGCAGCAGACAUCCAUCUCGGACUUUGACAAUUGAAGUUUGUUAUUGCUUGGUCAAAGUAACAGUAGUAGCUAGAUAUAGGUGGGUAUGAUCCUCACUGUCUAUGGCUAUGCUUCUUAGAGAAAAUUUAUUAUAAUCUAUAUAGAGAAAUAACAUUUUUGAGCAUCAUUUGUUGAUUUGCUGUUGCAAAUUUGUUAGCAUUAUCAAUAGUGACAGUCUGAUGGUAUGCACAUAUCUGUACUGACUGACCCAAGGGGCUAAAGGGCUCGGUCAAAAUGGGUCAUAUUGACUGAAAUAUAUUUCCGGCUUCUUAUCUUUUCGAUAUUGUGUAUUAUGAUUCUGUACAUACUGCUUGAAAUGCUAUUUGAUGAAUGUUUUUGUUUUUUUAUUUGAAGGCUUUUCUUUCAUUUGAAGGCUUCGUUGAAUGAUGUUUUAUUUUUUCAUUUGAAGGCUUUAAUGAAUGAAGUUUUUUUUUUAAUUUGAAGGCUUUGAUGAAUGAUGUAUAUUUUCAUUUGAAGGUUUUGAUGAACGAUGUAUUAUUGUUUCCUUGAUAGCUUUGAUGAUGUAUUAUUCCCACAUUAAAAAAAAAUCAACUUUGUUAGUUUCUCAUUGCAAACCUCAAAAGCUAAAACUCAAUAGUCGUAUCUCAACUGAGAUGAUCUCUCCUCUCAUAAAUGUUCUCUCAUUAGAGCUGAUCUCUCUACAGGUUAGCUGUCUACAGAAUAGCGAAUGAUGUGAGUUGUGGUCAGCUUAUAUUUGUUGAUUUCUUACACGGAGAAAAAAUUGGUCUCUUUUGGAUGUAUGCUACUCCUGAGCUGAGAGGGUAUCUAGAGUUUGUGGGGAUGUAAAAAUGGUGGUGUUUUAGAGGGAAUGUUAAUUCAUCAGGAUAUUUACACGAAAGAUUAUAAGAGAUGCAGAUUUUUUAUGGUUUACAAACUUUCUAUUGCCUGAUAUAAGUGCUUGCGUGAAGUGGACACUUAAAAAGGUUUUUGUAGAAUCAUAGAAUCAGGUUGAUGCCAGUUUCACUGACCCCAACCAAUCAGAUUGUGUGCACAUGA